AUUUUAUCCAUUACAUAUGCACACACAUGCUGCAGCAAAGCCAUAAAUUUAAGCUAAGAGGGGCCGAAUAGGCUAAAUAUAAUAAUUAGAACCGGAGGAUUGAUACACUAGCAAAAUAAUUUCAUAAAAAAUAUUAAAUUCCAAGUUUAGAUGAGAAAAUUUUGAAAUUUAAAACUUGAAAAAUUGGAAGGCUGUAUAAAGAUUCAAAGUUAGAUGAGAAAAUUUGCAAUUUAAAACUUGAAAAAUUGGAAGGCUGUAUAAAGGUUCAAAGUACAAACUUUAGAUUUUAUUUAUGCUACUUAACCACUAAACUUCACUUGAUUUUAUGAUUCAAAUUACUAUAAAUUAGGGGCCAAGUUAAAAAUUUAAUAUGGACCAGGGGCAUAUACCUUUGCUGCUGCACACAUGCAACAUAUAUUAGAUAAAAGAAGAAAAUCUUGAAAAGGUAAACACAAAAGAGUGUAGUUUGGAAAUUAAUCUUAUCUUAAAAGAAUUCACUUAAUUCAGAUUUCCUCGGAUUUUAGCCAUGUGUGUGUACUUGUAUUCAGAUGUGGACAUGUAUCCUCUCUCUUUACGCAUGUAUAUGUUUAUGUUUAAGCAUUUUUGAUUGGUGGAAUUCUUUUAAUCCUUUUUCUCUUGUUGAAGGGGAUAUUCAUACAUAUUUCAUUGGAAUCACCCUUGUGUGUAAGACUCCUGCUUAUAUCAUUGUACCUAAUGCUGCAGAAUAUGGUACAAAGCAUGGUGCAGGGAGGUUUGGUGAUGGUAUACGCAUUUGGGAAAGUAUUAAUCCCGAACUUCUCUUGGCUGUAUUUCUACCGGCACUUCUAUUUGAAAGUUCAUUCUCUAUGGAAAUUCACCAAAUAAAGAGAUGUAUGGCACAAAUGGUCCUACUUGCUGGUCCUGGUGUUUUGGUAUCAACCUUUUGUCUUGGGACAGCUCUGAAGCUCUCAUUUCCUUAUGAUUGGAAUUGGAAAACCUCACUGUUGCUCGGCGGACUGUUAAGUGCGACUGAUCCUGUAGCUGUUGUAGCACUCUUGAAGGAACUUGGUGCAAGCAAAAAAUUGAGUACUAUAAUUGAGGGAGAGUCCUUGAUGAAUGACGGGACUGCCAUUGUAGUAUAUCAGCUUUUUUUUCAAAUGGCACUUGGUCGUAGCUUUAGUUGGGCAGCCACCCUAAAAUUUUUGAUCAAGGUUUCACUUGGAGCUGUUGGAAUGGGCAUUGCAUUUGGAGCUUUGUCAGUAUUGUGGCUUGGAUACAUUUUCAAUGACACUGUAAUAGAGAUUACUUUAACACUUGCAGUGAGCUAUGUUGCCUAUUUUACAGCUCAAGAAGGAUCUGAUGUGUCUGGCGUUCUAACGGUGAUGACUCUAGGGAUGUUUUUUGCAGCAGCUGCAAGGACAACAUUUAAAGGUGAAAGUCAACAGAGUUUGCAUCACUUUUGGGGGAUGGUGGCAUACAUAGCCAAUACACUAAUAUUUAUUUUGAGUGGCGCUGUCAUUGCCCAAGGUGUUUUGAGCAGUGAUAACAUAUUUGAAAAUCAUGGUAUUUCGUGGGGCUAUCUGAUCCUUCUUUAUGCAUAUGUCCAAGUUUCCCGUGUAGUGGUGGUAGUUGUUUUGUUCCCAUUUCUACGAUAUUUUGGCUAUGGUUUGGACUGGAGAGAAGCUAUAAUUUUAAUCUGGUCAGGCUUGCGUGGAGCUGUAGCAUUAUCUCUUUCAUUGUCUGUUAAGAGUUCUAGUAGCAACCAAGGACCUCUCAGUUUGCAAACUGGAACCCUGUUCGUUUUUUUCACAGGUGGAAUAGUAAUUUUGACACUGAUCAUAAAUGGAUCAACCACACAAUUCAUCUUGCAUUACUUGGGGAUGGACAAGUUAUCAAAAGCAAAGAGACGUGUAUUGGAUUUUACACAAUAUGAAAUGGAAAAGAAGGCAUUAGAGGCUUUUGGUGACCUUGGUGAAGAUGAAGAACUGGGACCUACUGACUGGCCAACCGUCAAAAGAUAUAUUAAAAGCUUAAGCAUUUCUGGGGAACGCAUCCACCCCCAUGAUGCUUCUGAAUCUUCUGAAAUUGGGGGUUAUUUGGAUCUCAUGAAUUUGAAAGACAUGCGUGUGCGCCUCCUGAAUGGUGUUCAAGCUGCUUACUGGGUGAUGCUUGAUGAAGGAAGGAUAACACAAGCUACUGCUAGUAUUUUAAUGCAAUCAGUGGAUGAGGCACUCGAUUUGGUGGAUCGUGAGCCAUUAUGUGAUUGGAAAGGGUUAAAACAGAAUGUUCAUUUUCCAAAUUACUACAGGUUCCUCCAACGCAGCAUCUAUCCAAAAAAGCUGGUUACAUUUUUCACAGUUGAAAGAUUAGAAUCUGCAUGCUACAUAUGUGCUGCGUUUCUCCGGGCCCAUAGAAUCGCUCGUCGGCAACUGCAUGGCUUCAUUGGUGACAGUGACAUUUCUACUGCUGUCAUUAAUGAAAGUGAGGCUGAAGGAGAGGAAGCAAGGAAAUUUUUGGAAGAUGUCCGCACUACUUUCCCACAGGUUUUACGAGUUGUAAAGACAAGGCAAGUAACACAUGCGGUAUUGCAGCAUUUGAUUGAUUAUGUUCAGAGCCUAGAGAAGGCAGGGUUACUGGAAGAGAAAGAGAUGCUUCAUCUUCAUGAUGCUGUCCAGACUGAUUUGAAAAGACUUCUACGUCAUCCUCCUACAGUUAAGAUUCCAAAGGUUGGAGAUCUGGUUAGCACUCAUCCAUUUCUAGGAGCACUUCCUGCUACUGUUCGUGAGCUGCUUGUCGGUUCUACCAAAGAAGAAGUUAAAGUGCGUGGUAUGACUCUAUACAAGGAAGGUGGUAAGCCAAGUGGGAUAUGGCUUAUAUCAAAUGGGGUGGUGAAGUGGGCCAGCAAGAACAGGAAAAAUAAGCAUUCUUUGCAUCCAACUUUUACUCAUGGAAGUACUUUGGGCCUGUAUGAAGUGCUGAUUGGAAAACCCUAUUUUUGUGAUAUGAUAACAGAUUCUGUUGCAGUUUGCUUCUUUGUUGAAGCGGAGAAGAUUCUUUCAGCUCUGGGAUCAGAUUCUGCUGUGGAGCAUUUCUUCUGGAAGGAAAGUAUCAUUGUUCUUGCCAAAGUCCUCCUUCCUCAAGUUUUUGAGAGCCUGUCAUUGCAAGAUAUGAGGAUGCUCGCUGCUGAGAGGUCAACACUGAACACGUACCUGAGGGGAGAAACUGUAGAAGUCCCUCCACAUUCUAUUGGGUUUCUAUUAGAAGGCUAUAUUAAAAGCCAUUCUUUUGUUGAAGAACUAAUAACUUCACCAGCAGUUAUGUGGCCUGCGCGAGGAAAUUCAAGCUUCCUUAGCCAAGAAAGUUCUGGACAUAAAUCAACCAGCUUUUCCCAUCGAGGAACUUCAUACUCUGUGGAGACUAGAGCUAGAGUCAUUUUGAUGGAUAUGGCUACUUUGCAAGCUGAUUCUACUCUCCCAAAACGGAAAUCCUCAUUGUCACUGCACGAACAGUCCUCGAGAUCUCUCACUAGAGAACAUGGCAGUCUUCUGAGUUGGCCUGAGCAUCACUACAACUCGCAUCAGCAUCUGGCAGAUGGCAAAGAAACAGAUGAGAACAGAAACAAUUUUUCAGCUAAAGCAAUGCAGCUGAGCAUGUUUGGCAGCACGGUAAGAGAUGCUCCAUUGCGAACACGAAGUUUUCAAGGCUAUACUGGCGGAAUCCCUUCACAUAUCCAUUCAUAUCCCCAAAUCACUGUUGGUCAAGAUCGACGUCCCCUUACCUCUGCAAAAUCAGAAGGAUCUACUACUGUAAGGAAGAGACUCGAAGAGGAAGUCACGAGAAAAGAUCUUCUACCUCCAUCCCAUACUAGGAAGCCAAGUCAGGCAAGAGAUGAUUCGAGCUCUGAAUCAGGUGGGGAAGAUGACUUUGUUGUGAAAAUUGAUUCCCCGAGUAACCUCUCUUUCCGCCAAGCCCCUUGAUAGCUCUAUUUUCUCCUCAACUCUGCCUCUUUGUUUGAUUACAUCUAUAUUCCUCUUAUUUAUCGUGUGAACUUUAUUGUGCUGAUUUGUGAAUCGUUUUUGAUGUAAAUUAUAGAAGAAAUCGGCAGUUUUUGCCUGGCAGAACGAAAACGAAGAUUCUGAAGUUACCCCUGUUAUGUUCAAGUACUUUAUAGUUUGUAGGAUUGAAUGUGUCUGAAAGCUGUAAUAAAUUUUCCAUUUUUCAGCAACCAGUCACUGCCGGUGAGGUUGAACUGAGUUGGUCUCUUCUCUCUACUGUACAAUUUGAGGUAUUACUUCUACCAAGAUUUAUAACUGCAUCAAUAAUUUAUAUUUUGUCA